CAUUUUAAAAGGUACCCGUCCAGCCCUCCUCUGGUUUGGUCGCGACGUCCUCUCUCGGCCGCCAACCCUCGUAGAGACUAGCAAUUUCUCCUUCUACACCGGUUGGUUAUAACUCGAUGGUGAAUCCCAAGGCAUGGCGAAUCAUUCCAAGACCCUUACUGGAAACUGUCCUUAACAACCACGUGCAACACCACCGCGUUCCUCAGCCCCUCAUCCUUCACGGCCCCCGCGGUGUUGGCAAAACCACCCUUAUUCUCGAACGUCUGCUUGGAAGAUGGAACUCAGACCCUCAUAUUACUGGCUACGUGGACUUUGCAGAGUCGAUAAAGGAGUACCAUCCAAAGUAUGGCCACUCGUAUCCAUGGACCUCGUGGACCACUUGCCCACCUCCUCAACUGGCAACUCUGAAAAGUCAGCUUGAAAACUGCCUUGAAUCCAUGGCUCAAAAUGCCAUCAAACUUGGCUCCAUUAGCUCCCACCAAAUAUUCUCUACUCUUACCAAAUGGCACAGUCCUGUCACUGCCCUCAACAAAAUUCUAAAUACUGAAAGUAAUUUUGCAGCAUCCAGAAUGCCUGUAGUUAAUCAUAAUGGAAACAAGGGUUCCAUAUUGAAUCUAUGGGACAGGGCGGUUUUUAGAUUAUCUGCUGGAUUGAAUGAACAAGAGUUAGAUGGGUUCUUGGAUAAGAGGGCGAGUGUAGAGGAGGGAUCAUAUUAUAGAGACGCCAUGGCGGCGCUGAAGUUGGCCAAGGAGGUGAUUAGGAUUCAGGAAAAAUGGAGGGGGAAUGCAAUUCAGCAUUUGAACAAUAAGGGUGGGUUUUCACGGUCCUUGGCUAAUUCGGCUACUGAUUGGCCUUGUUUGUUGCUUGAACUGCUGUCUUCAGCUGCUGAAAUGGACUAUUUUCAGGAUUUGCUGGUCAAAUGCCAAUUCUUACAAUUUUGGCCGAAGCUGGUGAUGAAUAACAUUGAGAUUCUGAAGUGUGCUGUUUCUACGGAUGAUACAACAAUAUGUGGAUCCAUGUACCAUGACAGUCUAAUCUGGAGAAUAAUAGCUCUGGGUGCAAACGAAAGAUGUCUUCCAGUUCUUCUUGUAACAUCAGAUAGCUACUACUCAUACCGAGCUUUUAUGGAUUUUGGAUUUCCUGAUAUUUUUAUCUCCCGUGAGACAUUUGGAUGGACCCCAGCAGAAGCGAAAAUGCACAUGGUUGAUGACUAUUUUAGUCAAUCUGAGUGGACUAUGAUUGUUGAGGUGUUGGGGCCAAAUCCAAGACAUCUUUUUGAAGUUUACGCGCUAAAGCUGAGUAAUUAUUACCAUGACAUAAAUGAAGCCUUGGAAUGCAGGGAAAUAAAUGAAAAGGGCAGUACCUUUGAAGAUAUUGUGGAUGCAUAUUUAGCAAAUUUGCAAGUAAAUGUGGUUAAUCCCGCCAUGGAUGAAGCAUUGCUGCUGCUGCAAAAGUUUGCUAUUGAUGCACGAAGUGGAAAAAUCUCAAAAGAUAGAUUACGAUUUGGGGCUCCGUGGAGGCAUCCUCCAAAAUCAGAUAAUCUUCAUUUAUGGGCUAAAGUUCAGCUAAUGGACUUUGUCCAGUCUUUAGUCAGUGCAGAAUUCGGGGUUAACUAUCUUGCUGAUUGUAGUCUUGAGAUUUUUGAUGAUCCUUCAGCCACUGCACUGCUCGAGGUUGGUUUACUGUAUGCCCAACGGGAUCCGUCCUUUAUUCGCCCCAUAUCUCGUGGUAUUCAGCGAUGCCUUGUGAGAUGGCUUGUUCAAGAGCAGAUGCACCUGAGUUUGAAAAGCUCCCUUCAGUAUCGGUGGCAGCGUUUUAUUCGGGGUCGUAGCUAUCGUCAUUUGAUGUUAGAAGCUGGGUACGACAAAUAGGGAAUGGCGGGUUCAAAUGCCGUGACUUAUUCUUUUAUUGGUUCAGAGCUCUCUUUGAUCAUCAAACCACCGAGCAAGUCAUCUUUCAUGAUAUGUCAAUUUACAGAAGAGCAGCAGAUGUUGCAGUGCUGAUUUCCAGAAUCAUAAGACGUUCUCUAACUUGCUACUCAUGUGCUUCGAUUCAUUGGGGAAUUUUUUAACUAGGUAUGAACCGUUUCCAUUCUCUACUUUUCAUGAAGUCCCGAGUAACGACACUAUACGAGGAUCUAAUAAUAAGUGGCAAAAUAUCAAAUAGUUAAUGGCCUUCAUUAAUUUAUCUAAUGAUACAAAUGCUAGAAGCUGGGACAUUAUUUUUCUGCCCAACUAAGGUCGACUAUUACAUGAUAAGAUGUACUUUUUUCGAUUGCAGUCAUCUGUAUCUGCUUGGCAUGGUGUUUAUGUUUAUCCUGGAGAAAUCAUAGUAUAAAUGCAAAGCCUGCUCUAUAAAUGACAUUUGAGGAAGUUGUAAAUUUUUCUGAAAGCACAAACUUAAAAGACCCACCUUGGAAUCCAAUGAUAAGGGCCCUCAUUCACAGGUGCUAGCAUCAAAAUGUGUUUUUAGGAAUUUGGAAAGAGAAUAAUAUUCUAUGGGUAUUGUUUCAAGAUUUUGUGUAUAGGAAUUAAAUUAUAAUUUACUAGGUCGAGAGAGCAAACAUUGAUUUUCGAUAAGUUUGGGAUGUAUGCUUCCUCAAAUUAUAAUGACCAUUGCAUGGUUUAAACGAUUUCUUUGUAUGUUUUGAUCGUUACUUUUA